AAAAAGUUUCCAGCAAAUCCCCGCCGACUGGGAAAAAAGUUGUCGCUGCGUCGCCAAACACUUUUACAUUGUUGUAUCUCAGUCGGGGAGCCGUAGUCUGGUCUUGAGGCACAAUGGCAGGAAAUAACAAACCUCUGUCAGCGGCCACCGGUGGGCUCGCCUUUUCUAGGCUUGCCUCCGAUGAGAUCAGGAGGAUUUCAGUCAAGCAGAUCUAUGCCACCCCGUCGCUCGAUUCCAUGUUUGGGCCUAUACCCGGUGGUGUACACGAUCUGGCAUUAGGUGCCAUACAAGCGCUGGACGCAAACUGUUCGACUUGUCGCAUGAAUGCUAUCCAUUGUUCCGGUCACUGCGGUCACAUUGAGCUGCCAGUUCCAUGUUAUCACCCUCAGUAUAUGGACUCAACGCUACGGCUGUUACGCGCCAAAUGCGCCUACUGCCACCGCUUCAAGGCUGCGCCGAAUUAUAUCAACCAGACAGUCUGCGCCCUUCGGCUUCUGCAAUAUGGAUUGGUGGAAGAAUAUGAAACCAUUAAGGCCAUGCACCUCGGCGGGAAAAAGCCUAAGAAGCCUAAGACAGACGACAUUGUCGAAGAUAUCUUGGAAGACGACGCAGGGGAAGAAAUUGAAGAUCUCAUCGACCGUAGGACAAGAGCCACCAACAAAGCGAUCAAAAGGGCGCGCAAGAAGGGGCUGAUUGACCCGCAAGCUCUUAUAAAGAAUCCUGUGGCAAUCGCUGCCCGCAAAGCUGUCAUUGCAGACUUCCUCAAAGAAAUUCCACACCUCCGGAAAUGCGCGAAUUGCGGCGGCGCAACCCAUACGUACCGUAAAGACAGGAAUGUCAAGAUCUUCAAAAAGCCUCUGGCGUUAAGGCUGAAAGAGGAAAUGCGCGUUUUGGCCAUGAAAGCCCCCAAUCCGCUCAUUUUCCUCCAGUCGGAGAGAAAACAGAAGGAAGCCGCUGUCAAGAAGCACAUGGUCAACGGGCAUCACGAUGAGGAUGUUGCUAUGUCUGAUGCCGCCGAGAGUGAGACUACAGAAGCGCAUGGUGCAGAAGAAGAGAUUGCCAUGCGCAACGCGUUAGAGACUGCGGCUCAAUCCAAGAACGCCGAGGUCGAGGAUGAAGACGACGUGCAGUCGUAUAUGACGCCUAACGAAGUCUAUGCGGCGCUAACCUUGCUGUUCGAUAGGGAGCAGGAGGUGCUCAGCCUAAUGUACGCCUCUCAACCGGGUCGCAAACAUGCUCCUGUUUCACCGGACAUGUUCUUCAUGACGGCCGUCCUAGUUCCUCCGAACAGAUUCCGUCCUCUUGCAAGGCAAGGGCCUGAUCAGAUGCUGGAAAACCAGAUGAACGGCACUCUCAAUAAAAUCAUAAAAGCUGCCAACGAUGUACGACACAUCCUGCGAGACAUGAAACGAGCGAGGACCGACGACUCGGUUCGGCCACGGACCCUGAACGAGAGUAUACAGGCAGCGAUCGUCCUUCAGGAGACUGUGAACGCUCUUAUAGACUCACCACCACCGGCGUCGGGCAAGCCCACGGACCAAGGCAUCAAACAAAUUUUGGAGAAGAAAGAAGGUCUCUUCCGGAUGCAUAUGAUGGGCAAGCGAGUCAACUUUGCUGCGCGAAGUGUUAUCUCUCCUGACCCCAACAUCGAAACUAACGAGAUCGGAGUGCCGCUUGUUUUUGCGAAGAAGCUAACAUAUCCGGAACCUGUUACGAGCCAUAACUAUGAGGAGCUGAGCAAAGCCGUGAUCAAUGGUAUGGACAAGUACCCCGGUGCAGCUGCCAUCGAGAAUGAGAACGGCAUGGUCCUCAGCCUCAAGCGCAAGACGCUGGACCAAAGAAAAGCCCUUGCGAAGCAAUUGAUGACUUCCACAGUCCCUGGCGCAAAGGGUGACACCGGGAAGAAAGUAUACAGACACCUGCAAACCGGAGACGUGGUUGUCAUGAACCGGCAGCCGACUCUACACAAGCCUUCCAUGAUGGGUCACCGUGCCCGCGUGUUGACGAACCAGAAGACCAUUCGCAUGCACUACGCCAACUGCAAUACCUACAACGCCGACUUUGACGGCGACGAGAUGAACAUGCACUUCCCCCAGAAUGAGCUCGCGAGAACCGAGGCACUGCAGAUCGCCGAUACAGAUCACCAGUAUCUGUCUGCCACAGCUGGAAAGCCCCUACGUGGUUUGAUCCAGGAUCAUAUCUCUAUGGGUGUUCAAUUUACCAGCCGUGAUGUCUUCUUUGACCGAGAGCAGUAUCAGCAGCUACUGUACAGUUGUCUGAGGCCGGAAGAUUACAACACUGUUUAUGAGAAAAUUCAGAUGGUGGAGCCUGCCAUCCUUAAACCUAAGAUGCUGUGGACCGGCAAACAGGUGAUCACCACUGUCAUGAAGAACAUCACUCCGGACAGGUUCCAUGGCCUCAAUCUGACGAGCAAGUCGUCGACUUCCUCCGAGCAAUGGGGCGAAAAGGCAUCCAAUGAUCCGAAGAAAUGGACUGUGACGAAGGACAGCAUUGUGUUCCGUGACACCGAACAGGUGGUGAUUUUCCGAGAUGGUGAACAUUUGUCCGGCAUUCUCGAUAAGAAUCAGCUUGGUCCAAGCGCUGGAGGCCUCGUUCACUCUGUCCACGAGAUCUACGGUCAUAUCACAGCUGGUAAGCUGAUGAGUAUACUCGGUCGCCUUCUCACGCGAUAUCUCAAUGAACGCGCGUGGACCUGUGGUAUGGACGAUCUCUACCUGACCGAAGAAGGCGAUAGACAACGACGUCAAGAGUUGAGCAAGGCCAAGCGAAUGGGUUUCGAAGUAGCGGCCGAAUAUGUUACAUUGGACCCCAACAAGAUCGAAGACCAAAGUCCCCAGCUCGUAGGCCGGCUUGAAAAUGUUCUACGCAACGACGACCAGCUCAACGGUCUAGAUCAGGUCUACAAAGCCAAGGUCAAGUCGAUCACAGAUAACGUCUCCAAAUUUUGUCUGCCAAAGGGUCUCCGAAAACCGUUCCCACGCAAUCAGAUGCAGGCCAUGACGAUUUCAGGUGCGAAAGGUUCAAGUGUCAAUGCAAACCUUAUUUCCUGCAAUCUUGGUCAACAGGUGCUGGAGGGACGACGUGUGCCUGUCAUGGUCAGCGGCAAAACUCUCCCCUCGUUCCGUGCAUAUGAGACCGACCCUGUCGCUGGUGGAUACGUGUGUGGUCGGUUUUUGACUGGUAUACGUCCCCAAGAGUACUUCUUCCACGCAAUGUCGGGCCGAGAGGGUCUUAUUGAUACUGCAGUCAAGACGUCGAAAUCCGGUUAUCUACAACGUUGCAUCGUCAAAGGACUCGAAGGACUCCGUACUGAGUAUGACACGUCAGUGCGGGAAAGUUCAAAUGGCAAUGUCAUACAGUUCCUCUACGGCGAAGAUGGUCUUGAAAUCACGAAACAAAAACAUCUGAAGGAGUUUACGUUCUUGGCCGAGAAUCACCAAUCUGUGGCAACUCUGAUGAAGGCGGAAGAGGUGCUUUCGAGAAUCCCCAACCAAGGUCUGGCUGAUGAACAAAAGGCCAUCAUUAAGUCCACAAAGAAGGGCAAGGCGAAGGAUCCCUUGACAGCUCUUUUCACCCCUGCCAGUCAUUUUGGCAGCACAUCUGAAUCUUUUGCCACAGCUCUGAGCGCCUAUAUCAAAGAAAACCCUCACAAGCUUAUCAGGGACAAGAAGACCAACCCUGGUGGCAUUGUCAGCAAGAAGACCUUCCAGUCUGUCAUGGACCUGAAGUACAUGAAGUCAAUUGUGGAUGCCGGUGAGGCGGUUGGGGUCGUCGCGGCUCAGUCUGUGGGUGAGCCGUCUACUCAGAUGACAUUGAACACUUUCCAUUUGGCAGGACACUCGGCGAAAAACGUCACGCUUGGUAUUCCUCGGUUGCGAGAAAUCAUUAUGACGGCGAGCGCUAAGAUCAUGACGCCAACGAUGACACUGAAGCCUAUCGAAGAGCUGACAGCGGCAGAGGGCGAGCGGUUUGCAAAGAGUAUCAGCCGGCUAUCAUUGGCGCAUGUCAUCAAUACACUUUCAGUGACAGAACGAGCCGGUGGUGGUGCUGGUCACGAGCAUGAGAAGAUCUACGAUAUUCGUAUCGAGCUAUAUGAUCCGGCAGAGUACGAAGAGGAGUAUGCCAUUCAACGUGCCGACGUUCUGCGGUGUUUCGAGAAGAGAUUUUUGCCUCGCCUUGACAAAAUGAUCAAGGAUGAGUUCAAGAAGAAGGCCCGAGAGGCUUCGUUGUCGGAGACUACUGCAGCGGUCCCUGCUGUCGGCGUUUCAGUUGGUGUGGUCGAAGAAGCUCGACCAACCGGAAGCCGGAGUACGGAGAGAGAAGGCGGGGAAGACGACAUCGACGAGGAUGCUGAUCCAGAUGAUGCCAAGGAUGCCGCGGCCAGACGUAGACGGGAGGACACAUAUGAUGAACCUGACGAUGAAGAACAGGGCAUCGCCAAUGAGUCCGGUGACGAAGCCUUAAGCAGUGAUGAAGAGGCGGAUACGCCGUCGAAGAAGCCCAAGAAGGCACGGCGCGCUCCUAAAGCGCCGCAGACACUGCGUGAACAAGAUCCAGAUGAUGAGGCAGAGGAUGACGAGGCUGAAGACGUGGACUCGGAAGAAGAGGCACGCCAAACCAAGCUCAAGGCCGACCUGCCCCAUCUCAAACGGUUCAACUUUGCUCGGAAUGAAGGCAAAUCGUGCCGCAUUGUGUUGAGUUACGACUCCAACACUCCGAAACUAUUGCUCCUGCCGAUCCUGGAGAAAUGUGCUCACGCAGCAGUGAUUCAGUCGAUUCCUGGCCUGGGUGUGUGCACGCAAUUCAUGGAAGAGGUGCAGGGUCCUGAUGGGAAGCCUGUCAAGCGGAUUAACGAGGAGACGGGACAAGAAGAGUCGGUCAAGGAGCCGGUGAUCACCACGGAAGGUGUCAACCUCCUGGCCAUGCGCGACUACCAGGACCAGAUCUAUCCUCAUUCGCUGUACACGAACUCGGUGCACGACAUGCUCAAGUAUUACGGAGUUGAAGCAGCCCGCAUGACCAUCAUCAAGGAAAUCGAUGGCGUCUUCAAGGGCCACGGCAUUACCGUUGACAUGCGACAUCUGAACCUCAUCGGUGAUGCCAUGACCAACUCGGGCUCAUACCAGCCCUUCAGUCGACAUGGUCUGGUCAGAGAAGGGGGUAGCGUGCUCGCUAAAAUGAGUUUCGAGACGGUCAUGGGCUUCCUCAAGGAUGCGGUGCUCUUCGGUGAAAGCGACCCUUUGCUGGGGCCGAGUGCCAGAAUUGUUGCUGGGCGCAGAGGGAAUAUCGGCACGGGUGCUUUCGACGUGGUCAUGCCUGUCCAUUGAGGAGUUUCUUCAAAUCAAUCACUUCUAUUUGGUUAGGCGGCAUUCAAUUUGUGAGCUUGGCGUUAGUGAAUGCAGGUAUGUAGGCUGGAUAGGAACGUGGGUAUGCAGGAUUUCUACUGUAAGACGUCACUUCUACCGAUCGUCUCAGAUUCAGUUUCUCCAACCACAUAGCGUGGGGGCGGCAAGUCGAGUUCAACUGCAACGAACUUCCCGACUGAAUCCUGGAAUGUUGUUUUCUCCAAGUUCGAUUGACGCUCCGUAACAUGCCGUGAGAUGGGGUCCGUCACAGACUUUCCAGGGUGAAUGUGCAAAUUCAAAGACACCAAUGCCGUCGUGUGUUCCGGAAGCGAGGCGGCAGAAGGCUCCAAGCGAGGAUGAUCUCAAGGUCCAGCGAUAAGGGCGCCCUCGUCUCUGCAGAAGACCACGAGGAUGCAAAGCGAGUGGAAGACUGAUGAUGGUCCACCGGCGUGGUUUGGUGAAGGAGAGGACAGGUCAGCGGUAUACACGAGGCGGAAGGUGAAUGGUACACACACUGCCGUGCUAUCUUAGACGAGGGAAAAGAGAGUGGCUCACUGCUCUCGCUGCAGUCGCUAUCGUUUUCGAGAGCAAGGUGCAUACCUCAGCUAUGCACAGGUGAAUCGCCUAAUAACUUCUCUGAAUUCCAAGCCAGUGAGCGCUGCUUCCCUUCCAGUUCGUACAAAGAAGCUGCGUUGAGAGGUUGGGGUCACUGCCUCAGUUGCCGAUCCACGCAGCGGCGUCGUGUGUUCCGUUCUCAAAUUGUGCUAACACGACACACAAUCGGUUUGAGCUCGUCUGUUGCAUGCCGCCUACUGCAGCAUUUCCGU